AAUUUGAACCUUCUCCCGCCAUGGCGGAUAACCCGUACCUCGCUCAUAGAAAAGACAAGAAGGCUUCAUCCUCGUCUGAGCCGCUGUUAGGCUUCUUACCUCGUAAAGUUAAGGGAGAACAGGUUCGCAAGGCUUUGGACCAUGAGAACAAUCCUUUCACAAAGAAGCCUCACACUGCGCAAUACAGAAAAAUAUUAGAAGCGCGCAAAAAGCUACCCGUAUUUAUGCAGAUGGACGAAUUCUUGACAAUGAAAUCACACUCUCCCUCCUCUCUCAAGACGCGAUUAAUUUUCUCUCUGUACGAACAGAAAUCAUUCACUGAUUAUUGAGAUAGUUCAGCGAUAACCAAAUCAUUGUAAUGGUUGGAGAAACAGGUUCCGGAAAAACCACACAAAUACCACAAUUUGUCACAUUUUCCGACCUGCCACACACCAAAGGAAAAUUGGUAGCAUGCACACAACCGCGACGAGUCGCCGCAAUGUCCGUAGCAAGGCGUGUAGCAGAAGAGAUGGAUGUUGAACUUGGCCGUGAAGUCGGUUAUUCUAUCCGUUUCGAAGAUAUGACCGAACCUGGUAAAACCUUCCUCAAAUACAUGACUGACGGUAUGCUUCUUCGUGAAGCCAUGAAUGACCCUAAUCUCGAACGAUAUUCGACUAUCAUUCUUGACGAAGCCCACGAGCGUACUCUUGCAACAGAUGUUCUCAUGGGCCUUUUAAAGGACAUUGCCAAACGCCGCGCCGAUCUCAAAAUCAUCAUAAUGUCCGCCACUCUCGAUGCACUCAAAUUCCAAAAAUACUUCGGCCUCACCCAAGACUCUGCCGCCCCCCUUUUCAAAGUACCAGGGAGAACACAUCCCGUGGAAGUCUUUUACACACAGGAACCUGAACCCGAUUAUGUUGAAGCCGCUAUUAGAACUGUAUUGAUGAUUCAUCGUGCAGAAGAUCCCGGCGAUAUCCUUGUUUUCUUGACGGGAGAGGAAGAAAUUGAAGAUGCUUGUAAAAAGAUCAAGCUCGAAGCAGAUGAUUUGGUGAACCAAGAUCCCGACUCUGUUGGACCUCUCGUGUGCAUACCCCUGUAUUCAUCUCUACCUCCACAACAACAGCAGAGAAUAUUCGAUCCAGCACCUUCAGCCAUAUCUCCAUCUGGACCCCCGGGGCGAAAAGUCGUAGUGUCUACCAACAUCGCCGAAACGUCGUUGACAAUAGAUGGUAUCGUCUAUGUCGUAGAUCCCGGCUUCUCAAAACAAAAAGUGUACAACCCACGGAUAAGAGUAGAGAGUUUAUUGGUUAGCCCAAUCUCCAAAGCUUCGGCACAACAACGAGCUGGACGAGCUGGACGAACACGUCCUGGGAAGUGUUUCCGACUUUAUACGGAGAAAGAUUUCAUGGGCGAAUUAGAGGAGCAAACAUAUCCUGAAAUUUUACGAUGUAAUCUCAGCAAUACUGUUCUGGAGUUGCUCAAGCUUGGUAUCAAGGAUCUUGUACGAUUUGACUACGUAGACGCCCCUGCUCCAGAGACGCUGAUGCGGGCACUGGAACUCCUCAAUUAUCUGGCGGCACUCGACGACGAGGGUAACAUCACUGCUUUAGGGAGAAUAAUGGCCGAGUUCCCUCUCGACCCUCAGCUUGCAAAGAUGCUCAUCGCAAGUCCAGAGUUCAAAUGUAGUAAUGAAAUUCUCACCAUCACUGCUAUGCUUUCAGUUCCCAAUAUCUGGGUUCGACCGGCUAAUGCACGAAGAGAAGCUGACGAAGCCAAAGCUCUUCUAUCGGUCCCCGACAGCGAUCAUCUGACGCUACUAAAUGUUUAUAAUCAGUAUUAUCAAAACAAGUACGACAAGAAUUGGGCAUGGCAAAAUUAUGUCUCUGGGCGAGCUUUAGCUCAAGCAGAGAACGUUCGUGAUCAGCUUCAGCGAACGAUGGAACGAUUCGAAAUAGAAUUGGUCUCGCUUUCGGAUGAAAAGAAACUUUACCAGAAUGUUCGAAAGGCGUUGGUUAUCGGCUUCUUCAUGCAGGUGGCCCACAAGGAGGGCGAAAAGGGUAGUUACCUUACUGUCAAGGACAAUCAGAAUGUUGCACUUCAUCCCUCUUGUGGUCUGGAUUCACAGCCUGAGUGGGUUCUGUUCAAUGAAUUUGUUUUGACGAAGCGCCCAUACAUUCGGACAAAUACUGACGUUCGGGGAGAAUGGUUACUGGAGCUGGCCUCGCAAUAUUAUGAUCUCUCAUCGUUCCCCGAUGGCGAGACAAAGCGCACUCUGCAGCGUAUUGCCAAAAAGAGAGAUGGGAAGGCUGGAGGUGUCAGUAACGGAGGAGAACCUGCUUCAAAGAAGCAGAGGAAAAAGUGAACCUAAAUACAACAACACCAGCGGCAGA